AUGGGUCAACUAUUCAAUACUCGGACCAAAAGGUCUUGGAUAGUUCUGGUUCUUUAUAUACUCCCAGUUCUGUUGGGGCUUGUUGAAAUCACAUGCGGCUUGCCCGAUGCCUAUCAAGACCUUUACCAUGUUGAGCGACAUCAUACUUCAAAGGGCGCGGUGUCCAUUUCACGUUCGGGUCUAGAUCCGUCCAGUGAUCUAGAACUUAGAGAUGCAGAACAGAUGGUAGAUCAAGCCCAUGCAAUCAUGGCAGUGAUGAACAGAAAGCGUCUCGAGGACACGCAUACCAGGGAACAUGAUCUUGACGAAGAAAUUCUCAAUGCAAGGCAGAUUGUCCUGACCAAAUACCAAGAUGAUGAAAACCAUGCAAAGGCAUCCAGGAAGUAUCAAUUGGGGGACUCGAUUGACGGUUACCGAUAUGGAGUCCCUGCUCGAGUUGCUGAAGCCGCACGCAUCGUUGCCGAGGCUUCACCUCUACCACUCCCGAGCGACUAUGGUGUUAACAUAGCCCAGAUUUCUAAUCGAUACAGAGGCAGCUCAGCGGAUACAAAAGCGCCUCUGCAUAAGUACCAAGCGCCGGAUACAGGCCGAUCCAGUCCAGCAGAAGCAGGCGUGCCGCAGACGGCCGACGCACAGUCAAGUACGGACUUUUGGAUGACAACAAUUGAGCAGAGAGGGUCCAGUCCUUUCGCACCGGCGGGAUACAAGGUGUGGAGGAAUAUCAAAGAUUACGGUGCUCGAGGGGAUGGGGUUACCGAUGACACCGCAGCGAUCAACAAGGCCAUUUCCGAUGGAGGACGCUGCGGUCAAGGGUGCGGUUCGAGCACGAUCUAUCCUGCGUUUGUGUACUUUCCCUCGGGGACUUAUCUCGUCAGCUCGCCCAUCAUCCAGUACUACAACACGGAGUUUUAUGGUAAUCCAUUUGACUAUCCCACCAUCCUGGCGGCCUCGAGCUUUGUAGGGCUGGGGGUCAUUACGUCGGACGUCUAUGUCGGCGACAAGGAACAGUGGUAUCUGAAUACGAAUAACUUUUUGCGAUCCAUUCGGAAUUUCAAAAUGGACAUCACACGGACUGACCCAAAUGCGUACGUCUGCGCGAUCCACUGGCAGGUGGCGCAAGCGACAUCUCUCGAAAACAUCAUCUUCUACAUGAUGCAAGACGGCAAGACCACACAACAGGGUAUCUAUAUGGAGAACGGGAGUGGGGGAUUCCUCACCAACCUCACCUUCGUGGGCGGCAACUUCGGAGCAUAUCUCGGGAACCAGCAAUUCACCACUUCGCGACUCACCUUCCUGAACUGCAAAACUGCCGUGCAAAUCCACUGGGACUGGGCGUGGACCAUGCAGGACCUGGUCAUUAACAACUGCACGGAUGGCAUAGUCAUCAUGGGAGGUACCGGAGGCUCUGGAAGCACUGGACAAGGAGUUGGUUCUUUGAUCGUGCUCGACACAGUCAUUUCUUCCACCAAAACCGGCAUUGUCACGUCGCUGUUGGCCCAGAACGUCACGUCGUUUUUGAUUCAGAACUCGGCAUUCGUCUCCGUCGGCACGGCCGUGUUGGAUCGCUCCAAGAGCCAGACGCUGAUGGAAGGAGGUUCACUGGUCAGAGUUGAGUCAUGGGGCUUUGGGCGCGUGUCAUCGAUGAGCACCAGCGCUUUCUACAACGGGGCCACGGUUCCAGCCAUGACUCGCAGCAGCGCCUUGACCACAAACCACGGCCAAGUGGUCCACAACUUCUUUCAGCGACGACGACCAGCAUAUACCGAUAUUCCGGCCAGCCAAAUCAUCGAUGUCAAGGCUGCGGGAGCCGUCGGCGACGGGCGGACUGACGACACUGGAGUAUUGAAUAAUAUCCUGCAACGAGCAGUCAGCACGUCAUCGCUUGUUUAUUUUCCAUUUGGUGUCUAUUUAAUCAGAGACACCCUCCAUAUUCCCGUGGGCUCUCGGAUCAUCGGUCAAGCAUGGUCUCAAAUCAUGGCCACGGGCCCGAAUUUCCAGGAUGAGACUCACCCGCGCGUGGCAGUCCGAGUGGGCAACCCAGGAGAAACCGGCGUUGCUGAGAUACAGAGCAUGUUAUUCACCGUUUCCGGCCCUACUGCAGGGGCAGUGCUUAUGGAAUGGAAUGUCCAUCAGUCAACGCAGGGCUCAGCCGGACUCUGGGACUCCCAUUUCCGCGUCGGUGGCGCCAUCGGCUCAGACUUACAACUCAAGGACUGUCCCAAGAACACAGGCCGAGUCAACGCCCAGUGCCGGGCUGCAUCACUUCUCCUGCAUCUCACCGUACAAUCGUCUGCCUAUCUCGAGAACGUAUGGGCAUGGACGGCGGACCACGAUCUAGACGCAAAUGUAAAAGAUGACCAAAUUGACAUCUACGCCGCGCGGGGGGUUUUGAUCGAGAGUCGAGGCCCUACCUGGAUGUACGGAACCACUUCCGAGCACUGUGUCCUGUACCAGUAUCAAAUCUCCGGGGCAAAGGACCUCUACAUGGCGAUGAUCCAGACCGAAUCUCCAUACUUCCAACCAGUUCCUAAAGCCCCCAGCCCAUUCAGAACCGGUCACUUUGUAAACGAUCCCACAUUCUCCGACUGCCCGUCUGACUCGAUUACAUGUGCAUUAUCAUGGGCGGUUCGCAUCCUAGACUCCACAUCAAUAUACAUCAUGGGAGCGGGACUAUACAGCUGGUUUUCAAACUACGUACAAGACUGUCUGAAAACAGAAAACUGCCAGCAGCGCGCAGUGGAGGUCGCCCGGAGCACGGAUACCUGGAUCUAUAAUCUGGCCACGAAGGGUACGGUGGAGAUGAUCUCCCCGGCGCGAGAAGCCCCAACGUAUGCGGCGAAUAACGUCAAUGGCUUUUUGUCCUCGAUUUUGGCUUGGAUUCGGGUGGGGAAUGGGACUGGGACUGUGAUGGAGUUGGGAGGUUAG